UUGCUGCUGUCUCGGAGAUGGUCAACAUAAUGACCAUAAUCUAAAUUGCACUUUAUCUCAUCACUAAUAACGUUCUUCCCCGCACGAGCUUCCUAAAGACGUCCAAAAAAUGCAACUAAAGCAUCUUAAAACACUGUUAACACCCCAGGAGGGUGCUGCCAAAGUGACAUGCAUGACCUGGGCACCGAAUAACACCAAGUUCGCUGUUUGCACUGUUGACAGAGUGGUGCUUAUCUAUGAUGAGGGGGGAGAGAGGAAAGACAAGUUCUCCACCAAACCCUUAGACUCCAAGUACGGGAAACAGAGCUAUGUUGUCAAUGACAUGGCGUUCUCACCGGACUCCACCAAAAUCGCCAUCGGCCAGUCUGACAACAUCAUCUUUGUGUACAGAAUUGGAGAAGAUUGGGGGGACAAGAAAGCCAUUUGCCACAAAUUUGUUCAGACGAGCGCGGUGACUUGCUUGCUUUGGCCUGUAGAGAAUGUAAUUGUUUAUGGAUUAGUGGAUGGCAAGGUUCGCCUCGCCAACACUCAGACAAACAAGUCGUCAACCAUCUACUGCACCGAGUCCUGUGUCGUGUCACUGGCAUCCAAUGUUUCUGGUAAAGGCAUCCUGUGCGGCCACGCCGAUGGGACUGUCGUGCGUUACUUCUUUGAUGACGAAGGCUCGGGAGAGUCUCAGGGUAAGCUGUUGAUACACCCGUGCCCACCUUACGCUCUGGCCUGGGCUGCAAACGGCAUCAUGGUGGGCGGCUGUGACAAGAAGAUAGUGGCCUACGGCAAAGAGGGUCACCUUCUGCAGACCUUCGAGUACAGCCGCGACCGGACGGAGAAGGAGUUCACCGUGGCCGCCACCAGCCCCAGCGGGCAGUCUGUUGUGUUUGGCAGUUAUGACCGGUUGCGGGUGUUUAACUGGGCUUCCAGGGCCGGCGUGUGGGAGGAAGCCAAGUCUAAAGAGAUCGUCAACCUCUACACCAUCACCAGCCUGGCCUGGAAGAAAGACGGAUCACGCCUCUGUGCUGGAACACUGUGUGGGGGGGUGGAGCUGUUCGAUUGCUGCUUGCGGAGAACUCUCUAUAAGAACAAGUUUGAGAUGACCUACGUCGGUCUGAACCAGGUGAUAGUGAAGAACUUCUCUACAGGAACACGAGUGGUCCUCAAGUCUUAUUACGGUUACGAGAUAGAAGAAGUUAAGAUCAUGGGCAAAGAUCGCUACCUGGUGGCUCACACCUCCGACACUCUUCUGCUGGGAGACCUGCUGACUAAUAAACUGAGCGAGGUGCCGUGGCCCGGUUCUGGAGGAAACGAAAAGUUCUUCUUUGAAAAUGAAUCUGUGUGUAUGAUCUUUAACGCUGGCGAGCUGAGCCUGGUGGAAUACAGUAACAAUGAGAUCCUGGGAUCAGUCAGGACAGAAUUUAUGAACCCUCACCUCAUCAGCGUCCGUCUAAACGAGAGGAAGCAGAGAGGCAUUGAAGACAACAAGAAGCUGGCCUAUCUGAUUGAUAUAAAAACCAUUUGUAUUGUGGACUUGGCCGGAGGCUUCAAUCUGGGAACCAUCAACCAGACCUCCAAGAUCGACUGGCUGGAGCUCAAUGAAACCGGACGCAAGCUGCUGUUCAGGGACAAGAAGCUGCGGCUCCACCUGUAUGACAUCGAGACCAGCGUAAAGACCACGCUGCUGAGCUUCUGCUCCUACGUGCAGUGGGUUCCUGGCAGCGACGUGGCGGUCGCACAAAACAGGGGAAACCUGUGCAUCUGGUACAGCAUCGACAGCCCCGAGAGCAUCACCAUGUUCCCCAUCAAGGGAGACAUUGUGGAUCUGGAGAGAGUGGAUGGGAAGACGGAUGUGCUCGUGACGGAGGGCGUCAGCACGGUGACGUACACGCUGGACGAAGGCCUCAUUGAGUUCGGUACUGCGAUCGAUGACGGGGAUCACGACCGAGCCACAGCAUUCCUUGAGACUCUUGAGAUGUCACCAGAGACUGAAGCCAUGUGGAAGACACUCAGCAAGCUGGCUCUGGAGGCUCACCAGCUGCAUAUCGCAGAAAGGUGUUUCGCUGCGUUGGGAGACGUCUCCACCGUGCGUUUCCUCCACCAAACAAAGCAGAUUGCCGACAAAGUUUCAGAUGAAAUGGGAGGAGAUGGAACGGCCUUUUUCCAAGUGCAAGCCCACGUGGCCAUGUUGGAUAAGAACUUUAAACUGGCUGAGAUGCACUACAUGGAGCAGAAUGCCAUUGAUGAAGCCAUAGAGAUGUACCAGGAGCUGCACAUGUGGGACGACUGCAUCGCUGUGGCUGAAGCCAAGAGCCACCCGGAGCUGGACAGCCUGCGGGGGAACUAUUACCAGUGGUUGACGGAGACGGGUCAGGACGAGAAGGCCGGGGAGGUGAAGGAGAGCGAAGGAGACUUCCAGGGGGCCAUCAACCUCUACCUGAAGGCCGGGCUGCCGGCUAAAGCCGCCCGACUGGCCAUCAGCCACCCGGAGAUCACCAACAACAGCGACACCGUCAGCCGCAUCGCCGCCAGUCUCAUCAAGGGAGAGUUUUACGAGAGGGCGGGAGAUCUGUAUGAGAAGAUCAGAAACAACCAGAGAGCUCUGGAGUGCUACUGCAAAGGAGGAGCCUUCAGGAAAGCCGUGGAGCUGGCUCGCCUUGCCUUCCCUGCUGAGGUGGUGAAACUGGAGGAGGCCUGGGGAGACUACCUCGUCCAGCAGAAACAGAUGGACGCCGCCAUCAACCACUUCAUUGAAGCAGGCUGCUCCCUUAAAGCCAUCGAGGCGGCCAUCGCAGCGCGUCAGUGGAAGAAGGCCGUCCACAUCCUGGAGCUACAGGAGGAUUCAUCGGCAGGGAAAUACUACGUGAAGAUCGCUCAGUACUACGCCUCCACGCAGGACUACGAGCUGGCAGAGCAACUGUUUGUGAAAGGAGGUCACAUCAAAGAUGCUAUAGACAUGUACACGACAGCAGGACGCUGGGAGGAGGCUCAUAGGUUGGCAGUGACGUGUAUGACGGAGGAGGAGGUGAUGGCUCUGUACGUCAGCAGAGCGCAGGAGCUGGAGAGAGAUGAGAAAUUCAAGGAGGCCGAGAGGCUGUUUGCCACAGUGAAGCAGCCUGACCUCGCCAUAACCAUGUACAAGAAGAACCGGAUGUUUGAUGAUGUUAUUCGCUUGGUGGCCAGACAUCACCCAGACUUGCUGACAGAGACUCACCUGCACCUGGCCAAGGAGAUGGAGGCCGAGUCCAGGUUCUCGGAGGCAGAGUACCACUUCAUGGAGGCUGAAGAGUGGAAAGCUGCCGUCCACAUGUACAGAGUCAACGAUAUGUGGGAGGAUGCAUACAGGGUUUGA